AUGGCGGGUUUCGAACUAAGUCGAAUCAAGGAAUUACCUGAUCUAUUGAAACCACUGCUGUUUGAAAUGGUUACUUCAGCUAUAUUUGUUAUUUUCAAUAUUGUGAACGUGAUCGUCCUUUUGGUAAAACUCAUCAGUUAUCACUAUUCAUUGUUUGGUGUUGGUGCGUUGCUGUGCUUUGGUAUGACAUUGCUGUUUGGUUUUAACUGGAUGAUGAUGUUCAAAAUGUGGCGUGACAAUGAGAUUUCCUCCCAAACGCCUGGUCCGGGCCUUCGACCUGGUGAUACGGGCAGUAUGAAUCCCGGUCUGGGUUCAGCACCUGGAGCAUUCCCAGCCGCAAGUACACCGAGCACGAACUCUUCCUAUCCACCAGCUGUUCCACCGGGCGCUACAUUUCCACCAGUACCAUAA